AUGGCAGCUCCAGAGACGACGCCGACGGCAGCCACGACGCCCCCGAGCACCAUCGAACUGCGCGCCCCAUCCAAGUACCUCACAGACAAGUCGCAACCCGCAACGACAUCCAACACGACCUUUGUCUCGCCGCCUCUCGAUUGGGUCUGCCGGACCUGGUCCGUGACGCACUCAACCCUGCCCAUGUGGCGCUCCGCCAGCAACGUGCGCAUCACCUACAAGCCGCUGGCCGCACCCGCGGGGCAGGCCACCGACAAUGUCGACGACCUGGUCGAGUACGAGAAGAAGGGCUCGCUCAAGAAGGUCGAGGGCAUCGACACCCCCGACCCGUCCACGCCCGGCUCCUGGAACUGGCGCGGCAAGGGCUGGCUCAAGAUCGCGAGCAGCCACUGGGAGGUCCUGGGCUGGGGCGAGCGCCCGCACGCCGACGGCGUCGAGCGCUGGGUUGUCACCUGGUUCGCGCCUACCCUGUUCACCAAAGAGGGCGUCGACAUCUACAGCGACCGUAAGGAGGGGCUGAGCCAGGACACGCUGGACCAGGUCAUGAAGGCGCUUAAGGGCCUGGAUGCGGCGCCCAAGGUGGUCGACUUCGUCAGCAAGGACAUGCUCGCGGUGGAAAUCAAGCUGCCGUGGAAGACUCGCGGCGCAUAG